CGUGUCGCAUGCUUCGCCCUUCCAUUUGCAACAGUGUGUUCCACGGUUUUACGUUGCCGCAUCGCAACGUAUUGUAUGGCAUUUUACUCAUUAUACUGCAUCGUCCGCAUUCUGCUGCAUUCGUUUGAGUUGUAUUCGUAACAAUAUUGUGUAGUAAGUAAUCGGGGAAAUUUAAUUUGUUCGGUUUCGUGCGCGAAUAUUUUGUAGAACGUGUAUAUCACCGGCUACGAUUAGAGAAAAAAAUGGCAGAAGAGAAAACAGAGUUCGAUUGGGGAAAUGAAAAAUUACAACGUGCUCAGAAGACUGUCGAUGAAUCAUCGUAUGAUUUAGAGGCAUGGAGCAUUCUUAUAAGAGAAUCACAAAACAGACCUAUCACGGAAGUGAGACCAGUAUUCGAGAAACUUGUUUCCGUUUUCCCAUCAGCUGGACGUUAUUGGAAAAUUUACAUAGAACAAGAGAUGAAAAUGCGGAACUUUGAAAAGGUGGAAAAGCUUUUCCAAAGGUGCCUCAUGAAAAUAUUAAAUAUUGAAUUAUGGAAAUUGUAUCUUUCUUAUGUCAAAGAAACCAAAGCGAGUCUAACCACGUAUAAAGAAAAAAUGGCACAAGCAUAUGACUUUGCGUUAGAUAAAAUCGGAAUGGACAUACAUUCCUACAGCAUUUGGAAUGAUUACGUUAUGUUCUUGAAGAGCGUGGAAGCCGUCGGAUCAUAUGCCGAAAAUCAGAAAAUUAGUGCUGUGCGAAAGGUUUAUCAACGAGGUGUUAUUAAUCCUAUGAUAAAUAUGGAGCAAUUAUGGAAGGAUUACAUGUUAUUCGAACAGAACAUUAAUCCCAUAAUCGCGGAGAAAAUGGCCAUCGAAAGAUCUAGAGACUACAUGAAUGCAAGACGGGUCGCGAAAGAAUUGGAAGCGGUCACGAGAGGUCUGAAUAGGAGUGCGCCUAGUGUCCCGCCGACUGGUCAUCCAGAAGAAGUUAGACAGGUCGAAUUAUGGAAGAAAUACAUCGCAUGGGAACGCAGUAAUCCUUUAAGAACGGAAGACACAUCGCUCGUCGCUCGCAGAGUCAUGUUUGCAAUCGAACAAUGUCUUUUGUGUUUGGGCCAUCAUCCCGCGGUAUGGCAUCAAGCGGCGCAUUUCUUAGAGUUAAGUUCUAAGAUAUUGACGGAGAAAGGUGACGUGAAUGCGGCUAAGAAUCUCAGCGACGAGGCUGCUACUAUGUUUGAACGAGCGACAAACACAUUGUUGUCGAAGAAUAUGUUGUUGUACUUCGCGCACGCGGACUUUGAAGAGGGUAGAGUGAAAUAUGAGAAAGUGCAUCAAAUAUAUCAAAAGUUCCUGGAUAUACCUGACAUAGAUCCCACCUUGGCGUAUGUGCAAUAUAUGAAAUUUGCAAGAAGAGCCGAAGGCAUAAAGUCUGCGAGGACGGUGUUCAAACGAGCACGAGAAGACAUUCGCUGUAAACAUCAUGUUUACGUUGCUGCUGCAUUAAUGGAAUAUUACUGCACGAAAGAUAAAAACAUAGCAUUCCGCAUUUUUGAAUUAGGUUUAAAGAAAUUUGGGGACAAUCCUGAUUAUAUACUUUGCUACAUAGAUUAUUUGUCACAUUUAAAUGAGGAUAACAAUACAAGAGUUCUUUUCGAGAGAGUAUUAUCGUCUGGUAGCUUAGAGCCAGAAAAAUCAGUAGAUAUAUGGAACCGUUUCCUGGAAUUCGAAUCUAACAUCGGCGAUCUAGCUAGUAUCGUCAAAGUCGAGAAGAGACGGAGUGCAGUAUUAGAAAAGAUUAAAGAGUUCGAAGGCAAAGAGACUGCUCAAUUAGUGGACAGAUACAAAUUCUUAGAUUUGUAUCCUUGCACUCCCAUGGAGCUGAGGUCUAUCGGAUAUAUGGAGGUGUCUAGCGUUGUUAGAAAUUCUAUUGGCGCCAUUCCACGCGUACCUGAUCCAGAGGAAGCAAUCGCCGCUUUGCCGAGACCUGAUUUGUCGCAAAUGAUACCAUAUAAACCGAAAGUAAAUCCCCUACCCGGUGAACAUCCAGUACCAGGCGGUUCCUUUCCGUUACCACCGGCUGCAGCUCAAUUGUGCACAAUAUUGCCACCACCUGGUUGCUUCCGGGGCCCAUUCGUUGCCGUUGAUUUACUAAUGGACGUUUUUAGUAGAAUUCAGCUACCAGAACACGCUCCAUUGCCGAUAGCGGAUAACGGAUGCGACACUAAAUUGUUUGACCUCGCGAAAUCCGUGCAUUGGAUCGUUGACGAAAGUAACGAUGGUAUGAGCAUCGGAUCGAAACGCAGGCGAACGCGUUUAGGUGGCGACGAUAGCGAAGAGGAAGAUUUGCCACCACCACCUAUAAACGACAUUUAUCGCCAAAGACAACAGAAACGAGUGAAGUAAACGCAGAAAACGAACGAAUGGAGUAAAUCGUAAGAGACGUGUAUGUAUGUGUGACAAUGUAUGAUAUGUAUGAUAUCUAAUUUGGUGUGGAUAUAUUUUUUCAUAACAAUUUUUUUCUUAUGUUAAAUCGUUAGUUCAAUCAUUACUAGCUGGAAGACUUAUUCAUAUUGCGAGAGGUACAUUACUUAUGUACAGUCAUUAAAUUCCUUGUGACACUGUGCACGAUAUUUUGAGUACUAUGUACUCGCAAACCGUAUUUUUGGUACACACAUCUUGGUUUCACUCUUCUUUAUCUAACGCAUUAUUUAGCGACAAAGAUGAACAUAAUUCUGUGUAUACAGUUAUCUGCGUUGAUUUCGUAUUAUCCCUCAUUAAUGUAAGAUUAGAUAGUGUUCAUACGAGUGUUACAUAAGAUUAUAAUUAAUAUUAAUGUAUUAUUUUUGAAAUAAGUCGUAUCUCGAUUUGUACACAAUACAAAAAAAUACUUUCUAUAAUCUAUAAUUAGAAAAAUUUCUGUGAUUUGGACGUAAGAUUAAUCGAUUUUGAGCUAUUUGGACUAAAAUUGAAAUUGUUGAAAGACUAUAAUAAUAAAACUAUUGCAAGAUAAUCUUGCAAUUUGUUUGUAAAAUUUAUUGCAACCGAGCCGCAUCUAAUAUUUUUGCCUCGAGAAAGACUUCUAUCCUGAUAUUCAUUUAAAUGUAUGUAACUUAAAGGACCAAUAAAACGAUUAAUGUGAUACAA